UAGGCAGUGUAUAUCGGAGCCGCGGCUGUAGCAGUUGUUGUACUCGUACACAUCGACCAUAGUAACGGUGUACCGAACGUUCCGUCAGCGUUCGAAUACGUCGACGCGCCGUACGACAACAACGCAUAUAGAUAAUUAUUAUCUAUGUCCGUGACGACGACUUACUACUACAACAACUACUUACUUACUUACUGGUGAUGUCGUAGUAUUAUUUAUUAUUGUUUUAUUAUUUAUCGCCUGAUAACACGUCUUGAUAAUUUAAAACACUUUGAUAGCGAUCGAGAGUUCGGCAGUAGGUAUUUCGUGCGCAAAAUAUAUCGAUCAUGACGUACGGUUCCGCGGUGUUCGUCCUCCGUCCGACGAUAGAUCGUUUCGCGGCGUUUUGCUGAGUCGCAACAGUUUCGCUUCGCGCCGGAUCGCCGUCGCAACAGUUUAAUAAACCGUCGUCAUUUACUGACACCGUUUCUCGUCCGUCGUGUCCCGUGCACCACCGAUGGACCCGUGUCACCGACUUCGGACGACACGUUGGAUCGAUCAAAAACAAUGUUAGAACUCUGCGUGCCGAAAAAUGUUUAGCAAAAAAGUACAAACAGACGUGAAAAAAUCGGCACACAAGAUAUUGGACCCGAAAAAAGACACCGCCACGAGAUUCAAACAUUUGAAAUUCUUACUCGACAACAGUGACGAAAACGAAUCUAAACUUUUGUUCGAAAGCAACUACAGCAGUAUCUAUCAAAUAUUUUAUGAAAGUUUCAUUAGUGUUGAAGCCAAUUUGAAACAAAGAGUAACUAAAAUUCAUAGAGAUGAACUUGAUACUAUUCUAAUAAUAUUAGAAAAAGUACUAACAUUAUGCCCAGAAAUUGUAGCACAAAGAUGGCAAUGUCACAGUAUGUGCAUGAUCAUAACCAAACUAUUACAUCCAGAAAAUUCAUGGCGGCUAAGACGUGAUGGAAUUAAGUUUUUUAUUUUAUGGUAUCAAAUUUUGGGACACAAUGCACCUGACUCGGUGCAUGCAAUAUUUGCAACACUUGUGCCUGGAUUCUCCAGUCCAAUACCUGAACAUCCUGGGUUGGCAGCACUCUGGAAUAACCAUUCAUCUUCAAUUAAUUUACAUGAACAUUUGUGGAGUCCAGUUGGUACUGUAGAAACUAACCUUUUAUACGCACCACAAAUGGGCGAAAAGCAACCAGAUGAUGUAGUCAAAUAUUAUUUAGAAUCCGUUCUAGAGUUAAUGGUUAAUCAGGUUCCACGGAUAAUGUGGAAAGAUCUGAAAAACUGUCAAAGACGUUGUUUUAAUUACUUAUUUGAAAAAUUUAAACAAUUUUAUUUACCUGCAAUUUUUCCGGAUUAUUCCACAGCUACUAAUGUUUAUAAACAAACAACAGAUCUACCAGAUUGCUCUAAUCAAAACAGAAAUGAUGCAAAUAGUAGUUGUAGAGUUUGUGUGAUAAAAUGGCUUGCUGGAUACACUCAAGAUAUUAAACAAAAACACUACCCAAAUAUUCCUUUGAUAUCAAAAUUUAUAGGAGAUAAAGCUCAACUAGUAGCUUUUGAAAUUGUCAGGGAUACUUUAUACAAAUCAAGAGAAAAUGUGAAUUUAAUUCAUGAAAUAUUUCGCCAGGCAUUUUUAUUGAAUUUUAGUUGGGCCAUGGCAAUAAGAAGAACUAUUGCUGUGUAUAAAGAUUGGAUUCAACUAAGUGUUUCUCAACAACCUCCUUUCAUGUUAGAUCCAGAUGGAACAAAUGCACAAAUGUCUAGUUUAGAUAAUAAUACAGAAGAAAUUUCACCAGUUAAAUAUGAACCAAAAUAUGGUGAUAUUAGAGCAGGAUUUCAGAAUGUCAUUCAAUUGUUUAUGACAAAUGCAUUACAUGUAUUUGUGGCUCAAAGUGGUACGGAGUAUCCAAUGUUAUUGGAAGAACAAGUGGAUACCUGCAAAAGAGUUUUGAAUAUUUAUAGAUAUAUGGUCAUGCAUACAUAUAUGUCUUUAAAAACUUGGGAGCAAUUAUUAAAUGUUCUGUUAAGAAUAACUACACUUGUUUUGAAUAAAAAACCACCCAGGCGAAAAGAAGACACUUUAUCCGGAAAAUUAGCUCCUGCAAUAUUUCAGACUUUAAUUGUAACUUGGAUAAAAGCUAAUUUAAAUGUACCCAUUUCUGAGAAAUUAUGGGAUCAGUUUCUAACAGUACUUUGUUCACUUACUCAAUGGGAAGAACUUAUAAGAGAGUGGUCGAAAACAUUAGAAACUCUUACAAGGGUAUUAGCCAGACAUGUUUAUGGUUUGGAUUUAGCUGAUUUGCCAUUAGAUCGAAUAUCGGAUAAAAAAUCAAGGAGAAAACGCGGUAGUACUACACUAAACUCUGCUUAUAAUAUGUGUAAUUUGUCACACACACGAGUAAACCAACAACGAGGUUCAGUGACAGACAAUCAAUCAGAUAAUACAACUAAAAGACGAACACAAAUAAAACGGUCAAAUAGUGAUUCAGAUAUAACUUACUGUUAUUUAUUUCAAAAAUAUAGUGAAACUGAUACAGUUUUCAACAUUACUGAAACACCAACAACAGAUGAUCUUAAGUAUAGCUGGAAAGAUGAAAAAUCUUCAAAGUGUUUAUUUAAUGUACGAAAAUGUCAUUCUUUAGAAAAUUUAUCACAAUUAUUAAUGUUAAGAAUGCGAGAUUCACAAUCAAGGUCACCUUCACCAGUACCUUCGACUGGUAUGGAAAGCAGUUUAUUUAAAGAAGCACAUAUGCAAAUAGAAAUUAUGUCAUCUCAACAUCCUUCUUCAGAAAAAGUAACCAAUAAAAAGUCAAUUAUGUCUGGUGGUGAUGUAAGAGGAUGGACACCUGAUGUUGCUGCAAUAUUAUGGCGUCGAAUGCUCAGUGCUCUUGGAGAUGUAAAUACAUUAGAAAAUCCCUUACUUCACGAACAAGUAUUUCAAUACUUGCUGGAUCUCAGCACUACUAUGACCAAAAUAUAUCAAAACCAAGGAAUGGUAGAAGAAGAGACAUUUGUGUCUCUUGAAUUAGUUCCACCAAUUUCUGUGAUUUCACCUUGGUGUUUUCAGGCCUUAAAGUUACCAAAAGCUUACAGAAAUGGUAAACUCCAUGCAUAUAAGUUGUUAUGUCAGAUGACAUUAAACAAUAGAGACAUGCCUCAGGGACAAAAAUAUGUCACACAAUUUUUUAAAGUUUUACAUUAUGGUUUAACUUCUAGUGAUCAAGAAGUUGUCAACACUAUAUUAAAAAAUACUGGCUCUGAAUUUUUUUCUCACCAACUUCCUGGUUUUACUUUGCUUACAUUAGAUUUUGUACAUGCUUGCAAUGAAGUCCUCAGUGGAACGAAUGUUGUUUUGGCUCCACGUGCUGAAGCUGUUUCGAUAUUAGGUUCUCUAUUAAGUUUCCCUUCAAAUCUUACCAAAGUACCUUAUCUUAAACCAGAUUGUCAUCAGUUUGCUAUUACAUAUUGUCCUGAUAUAAAAGAUACAGUAAUAACAAUUAUGUUGAAAGUAGCCAAGAAAGAACCAUCGGCAUUAGCAAGGUGUAUUUCUUUGUCAAAUUUAGGUAUUUUUUUAUGCCAAGAAUUAAGUAACAACAGUAAACAUCCUUGUAUUAAAGAAGCAAUAAUCACAUUACUACAUGCUUUACAAUUUAAAAAUGAGAAAAUUUCACAAGUAGCUUGUGACAAUGUUUUGCUGCUCUGUGAUUAUGUACCAAACUUGUUGAAACAUUAUCCUGAUAUUCCACCAAAAGUCCUUGAGGUAUUAUCUGCAACAUUAGCAAAUAUGUUACCAAUUGGCGACAGAAAUAAACGUUUAUUAACAUCUCUAGUAUUUUGUUUGGCUGAAUGGACAAUGUGUAUGCCUGUACCGCUUUUACUAGAGCUACGGUCUAAGCAGAGCUUAUCAAUGACUGUAUUCAUGGUUAUUGAUGCUUUGAGCAGAACAUGUAAUGAUAAAACAAUUGAACGUCUAAAAAAAGCAACAGAAGUAAAUUUAGAAUAUUCAAAUGAAUUUAUGUUUGAUAUUACAUUAGACAAUUUAAAGACCGGUGAGUCGAAAAGUACUAAUAAAUUUGGUGAUCAUAUUAUGACACCUACUCAUUUAAAUAGUACUCGACACUCACUUCAGAUUGCUACUAAAAUGAUAAUUAACCAUUUGUUAAAUCAUUUGGGCCAAUUUCCGAUGUUGAUAGGACCGGCAAGGUUAUGUUCCAUGGUAUCUGAACACGAUGACACUUUAAAUUCUAUUUCUGAACAACUAACAAUUGACAUAUUUACUGUACCCAGUAUACAGUUAUUUAUGUCUAUUACCAAUAUGUUGGUUAUGUCUAUAAUCGAACUACCUGCAUUAGAAGUACCUGGUGGAGGAAUCACAGCCGGUCUAAGAACAGGCUUAAAUCAAGUGCGAGUUCUUCAACGUGAUUUAGUUGGAAAAUCAUGUUGGGAUAUUUCACCAUUGUAUUGUAGUCCUAACUAUGAACACGAAAGUGAUGAUACCUUGUUUAUUACCAAUCCUGUACUAAAAACUAAUGAAGCUGAAGAAUCAAUUGUUGUAACAUACAGUACAAACUGUCAAACCCAACAUACCAUACGUCAUCGAGCUCCCAAUGUUUUACCAACUUUUGAAAAUUCUGCAGAUGAUCUCGAUAAUCUAGACGAUUUACUCCAGUACGUUGGUUAUACAAGUUCUGAAUGUUUAGAAGACAUGGAAAUUUUGCUGAACAACCCUGCAGUAAAAUCUCCUAUGACUUCACAAUUAGAACAGGAUAUCAUGAGUACAAUUUUAGGGCAACAAUUCAUGGACAACAGUUAUACAGAAAAAUUGAAUACUGUUCAUUAUAAUCAUAUGGAGAAGCGACCUCAAUGUAGUGUACACAAGUCUCCAUUUCAAAAUGGCCGUGCCUUAUUUUCGGAAUUAGGUUUUACCAGCUGGGACCAACGGCGACAAAUCUACCAGCUUGAACGCAACGAAAAGGUCCUGAGAGAACUUCGCGUCCUCGAUGCUC